GAAAUUUUCGUUUAAGUUAGUGAGGGUAGUCUGGAGCCUAACUUAGGAUUAUUGAAGCGCCAUGUUUGUUUCAAGUAAAUGAUGAGUUCGAAAAAGAAGAAAGGAGAGGGAAAAUCAGGCGAGUCAUGGGAGAAAGGAGAAGAAAUCUUUCAAGGCGUUAUUCUUUCAGAUAGUUUUAAUUUCAGAUUUUUACCAAUAACUCUAGAGACGCCCAGGGCCUUGUUACCGCUGGUUAAUGUUCCUCUUCUGGACUACACCAUUGAAUUCCUUGUAGAAGCAGGAGUUCAAGAGAUCUUUGUGUUUUGCUGUGCACAUGCUGAUCAGAUCAAGAACCAUUUGAGCCAAUCAAAAUGGACAAGUUCAAGGUCACCAUGUGAUGUGAAAACUAUUGUCAUUGAAGACUGUUUGUCAUUGGGUGAUGCUCUGCGAGAAAUUGACCGACAGUCCUUCCUUAAGAAUGACUUUGUUCUGGUGAGUGGUGAUGUGGUAUCAAAUAUGAAAUUAGAACAAGUCUUACAAGAACACAAGGAUAGACGGAAAAAGGAUAAAGCAUCAUUGAUGACAAUGGUUUUUAAAGUUGCCAAUCCUGGACAUAGAACAAGAUGUCAGGAAGAGGACCUCAUAGUUGCUCUAGACUCAACAACAGGCAGAAUUCUACAGUGUGAGAAGACAGCUAACAAAAAGCGAUUUUCAUUUCCACUGAGUCUAUUUUCAGACAACAAUAAUAUUCAAAUAAGAUAUGAUCUUCUGGACUGUAACAUUUGUAUAUGUUCAACAACUGUUCCACAAUUAUUUACAGACAAUUUUGACUAUCAAACAAGAGAUGACUUUGUGAGAGGAAUCCUUGUCAAUGAGGAGAUAAUGGGCAACCAAAUUCAUUCAUUUGUUAUAAGUGACAAGUAUGCUGCCAGAGUGUCUAAUCCCUACAUGUAUGACACAAUCAGCAAAGACAUUCUCAGUAGAUGGGCAUAUCCAAUAGUCCCUGAUAACAGUGUGUUUUUCAUGGACUACUCCUACUCUUUCACUAGACACAAUGUCUACCUUGACAGUGAACUCUCACUAGCUAGGGAUUGCAAGUUAGAGGAAAAUCUUUUAAUAAGUAAAGGUACUUCAGUAGGUGCUGGCACAGUCAUCACUAACUCUGUUAUAGGGAGAAACUGUGUUAUAGGUGAUUUUGUUCAACUUGAUGGUGUCCAUCUGUGGGACAAUGUCAAAGUAGACGAUGGCUGUAACAUUUCCAAGUCAAUUCUGUGUAAAAAUGUUCAUAUAAAAAGGAAUGUUACAAUUACAGCUGGAUCAAUCAUUUCAUUUAAUGUUGUGGUUGGGCCUGACAUAAGCUUCCCUCCAGGAGUGAAAAUCACGCUAAAGAAACAAACAGAAGACGACUCAGAUUUUGGAAUGGAUGAACUCUCUCUUGUCGAGAAGCCCACACUUGAGCAGCAAGAUGAGUUUAAUCCAGAGGAGGUAGGCGUUGAAGGACAAGGUUACAUAUGGAGACCAGUAGCUGAAUUCGAUGAUGAAAUGGAACAAACUCGAGAUGUUUGGGGUGUGGACAGAGUAAGUUUAAGUGAGGAGGAAGUAAGCUCAGUAUCCAGUGAAGAAGAGACUCCACCGUGCAGUCCGCCACCUGAGGAUAGCAGAUUGUUCUACACUGAGGUACUGGAGUCUAUAAGACACGGAGUAGCUGAUCAUGUCGAUCCCGAGAACAUUAUACUGGAAAUAAAUGCUUCAAAGUUUGCGUAUAACGUGACCUUCCACGAACUAAACCAAGCGGUCGUGAAGUCUUUACUGGAGUCCUCUCUUCACGAUGUUUCUUUAUCCAAACAAGACUUGUCCAAGAAUCUUAAAAAGGCCGUAGAUUAUCUUCUUCCUAUUAUUUCCAACUACAUUAAGACGUCUGAUGGCCAAAGGGACGCGCUGAAUGCCUCAGAGGAAUUUUUCGUGCAAGCAAUGUGGGCGGCUCCACUUUGUCAGACCUUUCUCCACCUUUUGUACGACAAAGAAAUCCUAGAGGAGCCCAUUAUUCUUCAGUGGUAUUCCCGCACGCACGGGGAAGGAGAGGACAGCGGCUUCGAACCACAACGUAAACAACUGCGACAACAGAUUUCUCGCUUCAUCACGUGGCUACAAGAAGCAGAGGAAGAAAGUGAUGAUGAUGAUGAUGACGACGACGAAGAAGAAUGAAUCAGUUUUAUCAAUUCUGUUCUAGAAGAUGUGUUAAUAAAUAGACCUUUUACUCUUA